CUGCACCACUGCCUGCACCCCCACCCUCUCCGCCACCUCCUUGCCACCCCACUCCUAAGACCACAGCUGUUGGCAGGGUCCCCAGCUCAUGCCAGCCUCAUCUCCUUCCUUGCUAGCCCCAAAAGGGCCCCCGGGAGACAUGGGGGGCCCGGUCCGAGAGCCGGCACUCUCAGUUGCCCUCUGGUUGAGUUGGGGGGCAGCUCUGGGGGCUGUGGCUUGUGCCAUGGCUCUGCUGACCCAACAGACAGAGCUGCAAACCCUAAGGAGAGAGGUGACCCGGCUGCAGAGGACUGGAGGGCCCUCCGAGAAGGGGGAAGGGUAUCCAUGGCUGAGCCUCCAGGAGCAGAGCCCUGAUGCCCUGGAAGCCGGGGAGAAUCGGGAGAGAUCCCGGAGAAGGAGAGCAGUGCUCACCCAUAAACAGAAGAGUGAGGCCUCCGGGGUGCCGCAGGGGUGGGAGGUGAUCAAGCCGCAUGGGGAUUUGGAGAUUAUUACCCCGAGUCAAGGAAAGCACUCAGUGCUGCACCUUGUUCCCAUUAACAUCACCUCGAAGGAGGACUCUGAUGUGACAGAGGUGAUGUGGCAACCAGCUCUUAGGCGUGGGAGAGGCCUGGAGGCCCAAGGAUAUGUUGUUCGAGUCUGGGAUGCUGGAGUUUAUCUGCUGUACAGCCAGGUCCUGUUUCAUGAUGUGACUUUCACCAUGGGUCAGGUGGUGUCUCGGGAGGGCCAGGGAAGGCAGGAGACUCUAUUCCGAUGUAUAAGAAGUAUGCCCUCCAACCCGGACUGGGCCUACAAUAGCUGCUACAGUGCAGGUGUCUUCCAUUUACACCAAGGGGAUAUUCUGAGUGUCAUAAUCCCCCGUGCAAGGGCGAAACUUAGCCUCUCUCCACAUGGAACCUUCCUGGGGUUUGUGAAACUGUGAUUGUGUUAUAAAAGGUGGCUCUGAGCUUGGAAAACCAGGGUGGGUACAUAUUGGAGACAGCCAAGAGCUGACUAGACAAAUGACAGGGAAUGGGUAGGAACAGAAGCCUCUUCUGGGUUUGACUGGAACCCUGGGUUUGACAG